AUGGAGGUAGACGCCGCGUACGCAAACCUGUUCGGCACGGAGGGAAAGGCCGCCGUACUCGGGUGCGAUGAAAUCGGGCUCGUGCCGCGGGACUUGCUUCACCGUCCCAAGAAGUUGUUUAAGCGGGCAGGAGACGAUAAGAACGCGGUGCUCGUGCGCUAUACGCUGACGGAGCGUGCGCGGCAGAACAACAUACGCAAGGUGCUGGCAAUUAAGAAUCGCCUCAUCGUGGAAGGCGAGGUGCAUCAGAAGUGGAAGGAACGCUGCAAGCUCUUUCCGGACGCCCCCGGGGUGCCAAAGAUACCAAAGGCCGUGAUGGAGAAGUUGCUGGCGGAACUGGACACUGAAACCGAAGACGACGACGCCAUUGAUGAGUUGGGCCUCGUCAGGCCAAUUCCGCAGUACGGCGGUGCGCAGGAGGCCGGUACGCCGCAACAACCCCCCGUUGCCGAUGGCGGUGAGGGCACGGCAUCAAAUGCCGCUCCGUUGGCGUUAGAAUCUUCGCAGUCAACGCCCAGGCGGUCCUCCGGACGGGGAACCUCUGUGGUGUCCGACCGCCUGGCCUCCGCCUCAAAGCGAGAGGCUAGCGCAAAGGGGCUGUAUACGCAUGUCUUGAGGCAGUUUCGGACCAAACACGCGAAUGACGCAGCCGAUGGGGGGCAAUUCGCCCUCAGUCGUAAGAGUAGCGGAAGUGGUGUGUCGCGGCGUCCAAGACCGCCGCCGGAUCCACCUUUUUUACCGCCCGUCUCAUACCCAUGUCGUGACUCCGCGACACUGAAAUUGGAGUUGGAGGAGCUGGACGAGUAUCGUCGCUUCCUGCUGCGGUACGCGCACGACAGUUCUGCCAUGGCGCAGGAGUACAGUGACUUUACCCGUUCCUUGCGGAAGGCAAAUGAGGCGGAAGGCGCCAAGGAAGGAGCGGCGGCGGGCGCUUCAGUGUCCUCCGCUGUCAGGAAUGCCGAUGGUGCAAAUGCACUUGGGCAUGGGGCGGCGGAGGGGUUUACGAAGACGUCACCAGUUGCGGGGGCCGCGUCUGCCCAUGAGCGACAACUCGCCGCGUAUGUGCGUCUGGCGCAGUUGGAGGUGCAACGAAACAAGUCAAACUACAAGAAGUGGAACGGAUUUAUGGAUGAGAUGGAAGGGGUGCAGCCGGUAGGUACAAUUGCGGCAGAGCUGCGUGCUCGGGCCAAAGUGGGUGUGUUCCCCACCUUUGAAAAUUACGUGCAAUCGGUGAAGGAGAGGGCACGGCGGCGGGAGAAGGCGCUGUGGGAUUACAAGAAGCAACAGCAGAAGCUCAACGGCUUCCUUGAAGCCAAGGAUCGUCACACGGAAGAGAAUAUGGCGAAGGUAAAGAAUACACGCAAAAACGUCAUUAUGGAGGCACACCUAGUUCAAGACGAGAUCAAGAGGCGAAACAGAGAGCACGAAGCUCGACGCCGCAGAAUGAGGGAGUACCGGGUGCAAGUGGGGUUGUCAAGGAAGGAAAUGCGGGCCGCCGAACGUCACAUGAAACGGCUUCUGCGUGCAAAAGAAAAACGCUUCGAGCACGACGCGGAGGAACUUUUUAGACAAUCACUGAAGGGCAAAAUUCACGGAAUGGACGCGGCGAAGAGGUGGGACAUGAAGUUGGUGCGUAUUCCAUAG